AUGCGAACGGGAUUGAAUGGUGGUAUCAAGAGAUAUCUGGACGCUGGAGUCAAGCGUGGCACAUAUCAGACUUCUUUGGCGGCGACGAGGUCUUUGGCGACCGUCUCAGACCGUCCAAUAGUUGGCCUGGGUCCGUUGGAGGAGUAUGACCGGCGAGUAGAUGCUGGGAUUCUGCGGAAUGACGAGCACCAGCGAGGCAUCAUUGAGAGCUUGCAACACCUCCACAAUGAGCUUCGCAACUAUCAUGCGCCGCCUGUUGUCCAUCCCAGCUCCGACCUCCUCAAGCCCGCCAAGAAGUCUGUCUUUUCAUCGCUGUUUGGCAACGGAGGCGCCGCAAAGGCUACAAUUAAAGACAUUCCAGAGAAUCUACCUCGCGGAUUGUAUCUGUUCGGCGACGUGGGCAGCGGCAAGACGAUGCUCAUGGACCUGUUCUACGAUACCCUUCCCACCACAGUCAAGACGAAGACGAGAAUACACUUCCACAACUUCAUGCAGGAUGUCCACAAGCGGCUGCACAAGCUGAAGAUUCAGCAUGGCAGCGAUGUUGAUGCCGUGCCGUUUGUUGCGGCGGACAUUGCAGAGCAGGGCAAUGUGCUUUGCUUCGAUGAGUUUCAGUGCACAGAUGUAGCAGACGCCAUGAUUCUACGGAGGUUACUAGAAAGCCUCAUGUCUCACGGCGUAGUCCUGGUAACGACGUCGAACCGACACCCUGAUGACCUCUACAAGAACGGCAUCCAGCGAGACUCAUUCAUCCCGGCAAUCAAGCUGCUCAAGAACCGCCUGCAUGUCAUUAAUCUCGAUUCACCAACCGACUACCGCAAGAUCCCUCGGCCACCCUCCGGGGUAUACCACACCGCCCUGGAUCAGCAUGCCGAGUCACACGCAGAGAAAUGGUUCCGCUUCCUGGGCGACUCGGAGAACUUUGCACCGCGGUCUGAGACGCAAAAGGUCUGGGGCCGAGAAAUUUUUGUCCCGCGCGUCAGCGGGCGGUGCGCCUGGUUCACGUUCGACGAGCUUAUCAAGAAGCCAAAGUCGGCGGCCGACUACCUCGAGUUGGUGCGAAAGUACGAUGCCUUUAUCGUCACCGAGGUGCCUGGCAUGACGAUCCGCGAGCGGGACCUCGCGCGCCGCUUCAUUACCUUUAUCGACGCCGUCUAUGAGGGUAAUGCUAAGCUUGUGCUCACCACUGAGAAACCCCUGGCCGAGCUGUUUGUCUCGCGGGACGAAAUCGCCGAGAGCCUCCUUGAGGCUAACCCAACCGCUGCAACCACAAAGGCUGCUGCCGAAACCGUGAUGGAGAACCUUGAGCACAGCGUCGAGAAGCUCAAGAACUCCAACCUGUUUGCAGGCGAAGAAGAAGCCUUUGCGUUUGCCAGAGCUCUGAGCCGGUUGAGUCACAUGGAGAGCAAAGAAUGGGUUGAGAGAGGGCUUGGGCUGGAAAGCCAGGGAGGCAAAGAGGACAAGGAUAGCUGGACGAAGACGAGAAGUCGACAGAUGGAGGAUUCGAUGUGA